AUGGCUGAAAAUCAAACAUAUCUUAUUGUCUAAACAGAGCAUAUAAGAUACUUGACUCUUAAAAGGACUAAGAAAGAUAAAACAAUAAAAGAUGAAAGUUUCUUCAUUCCAGCUCAAAAAGAGGAAGGGCUAACUCAAGAAGCCAAGGGUAGAAUUCAAUGCAAUACUACUCAAUUACCUUGUCAAAGGCUAAAAAACGUCACGAAAUAAUUGAGCUAUUUAGCAAAAAUUAAAAAGAGCGCUGACUUCGUUAAUACUCAUAAGAAUAUUCGCUACUAUAUGUCUUACUCAGUAAAGAAUAACAAGAAUUUGAUAUCACCAAGUCUCACAUUAUAGCAUUAUAACUGUUCCUACUCUGCCAAGUUUGGUGAAACCAACUAACUCAUAUGCAGUAUUCACCUUAUGAAUGAAGAUUUCUUUAUUAACAACAACAUCAAAUGUUGA